AUGAGCUCGCCUGCAAACCCUCCUGGUCCUCUCACACCCCCUGCAGAACCCUCUUCACAGGCGCCUCAAACCACGCAAGCCUCCCAAGCAACAGCACAGCCGCAAGUUGAAGCACUCCUAUCACAACCCUUGACCUCACUAUCAGACGAUGGAAGUUCGAAUAGACCGCGAGAUCAUCGACUGAUCCAUCUGCUACUCGUGUCUCACGGUAUCGCAGCAUACCAGCAGCGUGUUCCCCUCCAACUCAUGGACUUCGCCUACCGUUACACCAGUUCCGUGUUGAGCGACGCCUUACAUAUUCAAAAUGAAGCCUACGACCAAGCUGACGGAGGUGGUCAGACUAAAGGCCGGGGAGCGAAGCAAAACCAGAACAAAGGCGAAGAAGGCGACAUAAGCCUCGCUGCUCUGCGCAUGUCAAUAGGCUCGAGAAUGGGAUACCAGUUCCAAGGAAGCCUGCCGAAAGAAUUUCUAAAGCAAUUGGCGGACGAGAGGAAUCGAAUAUCACUGCAGGCUCAAACGAGGGACAACGACAAGAGCGGGCCCAUGAUAGGAGGCGUCCGACUUCCACAUGAAAAAUACUGUCUAACUGGUGUGGGCUGGGGCCUGAAGGAUGAAUGGGACAGCGAAGGCGAGGAAAGUCUUGAUCAGGCCGAGGAAGAAGAGCGACCUGAACCAGAUGAUCUUAUGCAGAUGGACGAAAGAGAAGGGGACGAGGACGAAGAGGGUUUGGGCACAAUGGAGGAUGUGUUUGGUCCGGACGAUGGAGGGGGUGAAAAGGAAGCGGACGCAGACGGGGAUGUGGAUUUGUCGUAG